ACGGAUUUUUUUCCCCCCCUCUCCGCUUUUCAUUCCCAUUCGUUAUUCCAUUCCCCCCCCCCCUUCCAACUUCCCUAAAUGUAACCCACAAAGUUUAUACUAUGGACGGGGGAAACCAUGAAUAGCCGGCGAUAGCGUAGUGGUGUUAACAUGAUCUGGAAGUGUCUAGCCAGGGAUAAGUGUCGAUGGUUGUGUUAAAGUCUCCGUGCUAGCAAGACCGCGGCGUGCCAUGGACUUUCACUCCGUACGGAAGCAGCCUGGCCGGGCCCUGCUCCUUUUCCUGGCCUGUUCUUCCGUUCUCCUGUUCUUCCUGAACCAGUCCCACCUCGCGGCGCCCUUCAAGACAGACCCCCGCUCCAGCCCGCGUUUCCAAAGCGUCCUGGCAGACACGCCCAACGCCCGGGCGCCCAUCGUCACGCCCUACGCACAGAGGAGGAUUCAGGACUACCAGAGCCCAGAGUACACAGCCCCGGGGGACACAGCGCCACAGCCGCCACAGAAAGCGCCUCCUAAUGCAGAGGAACGCCAAGAAGAAGAAGGAGGAGGAGGAGGAGAACAACAAGUAGAAGAAGAGGAAGAAGAAGAGGAGGAGGAAGAAGAGGAAGAGGAAGCAACGGGCGAUGAAGGGAGGAAGGAGAACAGCACCGAGAGCAUCAUCGCCGGCAUCUUGGACCAGCAGAGGGAACAGCUCCUGCAGGACAUGAAGGAUUAUGUCUUCCAUCCCAAGCUGAAGGCGAGGUGA